AUGUCUAUGGGUCCUGGUCCGUCUGAGGCAGGGCCACCAUAUCCAGUUCAGACUAUCAUAUGUACCAAGGCAAUGUCCUCUACCUCGAAGAACUCGCCAAAACGGAAGAGGAAACCAAAGCUCAAUUUCUAUCGCACAGCGCCAGUAGUCCAUUAUCGCCAGCAUACCCAAUACCAAGUCAACAAUGAUGGCUCUGUCAGUUAUACGCAGAAGCGUCUUCUACCUCCUAAGAAUGCUAAAGCAACCAUCCCGGACCAUUAUAUUGAUCAAACUCAUGCGGAACGAACUCUAUGCAACUCAGACACCUUUUUUUCAAUUCCAGAGCCACUUGACGAUCUCCCACUCGAAGUAUCAUUAGAUGUUCUAGGCCAACAAAGGAGAAAACGAACAGCAGGUGACCAUCCUUUGUUGACGUGGCUGAAUCACAGAGCGUUAUUCCUUCGAGAAAUGAUCCGUCUUGAAGGAAGAGUCAGCAUGCGGUUGUGCUUAGAGUGUGAUGGUCCCAAUCCUGAGUACAAAUUCCAUGCGCACCACCCGCUUCACCGAUUGCAGAAGUGGAACGGUCAAUACUUCGAGCGAAUUUCUCUGAAAGCCCUGGGCCUCCGCAUUCAGCUUGGUCACAUCACUGGCCGGCAAUGUGUCAAUCCUCACCGUGCUUUUAAUGACGAUUUUGUCAUUAUCGACAUCUUCGGUAUACACGAAGUGUCACUCGACUUCUGCGGUUGUGCAAUAGCCGAAAGUCGUAUGCAACAGCUACUUCGAAUGUCAUUAUUUCCUUCAACAACCUCAGAUCCAAAAACUGCUGCAACAUUCCGCGUUCUGGAGCAGUAUCACCUGCUCUCGUUUGAGUCAAAAAUAUCUGCCUAUGAAUUUUAUCAUGGACUUCGCCGGAUGUCUGACAACACCGUCUACUUCUCAUUAAGGGCAGGUCACGAUCCGAAGGGUGUAGAAGCGACAGCUCAAGGUGAAUGUGCUGUAUUGUGCCCAGCUUGUCCACAUCCAGGGAAGAACCUUCCAGAUAAUUGGAAAGAUGCACCUCGACGUUGGCUCUACGGAUUGUUCCUUGCUAUCGAUGCAAACUUCCGGUUGAAACGCAAGGCUGUCUCGAAUGACAGCGUGGACCCAAGCCUGAGUUCUGGGUGGGCCUAUUUCGUGGAGGAUGAAGCUUAUAAGGGCUUCUUGGACAGCAAUUCGGACAAUACCCAAGAGAAAUCAACAUGCUCAAGUCACAACGCUGUGAACAUGGCGGACACAAAAUCUAAUCGUGGACUUGCUGCCACAGGUUUAGGUACUGUUGACUGUGCCCGCCACAACAUGAAACGGCCCAACGCUGUUGGAGAUCUCCAAAAGGGUGAAAGAUAUGUCAACAUGGAUUAUUUAUUCUUCUCAACGCUGCGCCACACUGUAAUCGACACUCUGAAUGUAUCUUACGAUAUCGCGUGCCAGUGGCACAAAAAAUUAUGGCACCGUAUGAGCACAUUUCCAGUCUCAAUGCACCUCCUGCCCACUUUCAAAACUAUCUCUUUUUUCGUCCCAAAGUUCCACCUUCCUGCUCACAUCGAGGAGUGUCAAACCUCAUUCUCGUUCAAUUUUAAGAGUGGGGUCGGUCGGACUGAUGGAGAAGCACCCGAGCGUGGCUGGGCCAAUAUCAACCCCGUCGCUUCAAGUACUAAAGAGAUGGGUCCUGGUGCACGGCGAGACACCCUUGACGACUACUUUGGAGACUCAAAUUGGAAAAAGGUAGUUAAACUUGGUUCGUACAUUUUCAUUGAAAUCAUCCUUUAUUGCAACUGGAUACCUUAA